AUGUCAAGUGAUCGUAUUCAUGUCCAGUGGCUUCUUACAAUCGAUAAAAAACUAGUAUUCUUCCCUAAAUUACUUUGGUUCAAGAAAAAUAAUGAAAGUUCUCUUGUGCAAAUUAUACGUACUCCUUCUUGUUAUUAUAUUACUGUUAUUUUUAUUAUAAAAUCGGGGACAAAUAGUUCUUAUGCAGAUUGGCCAAUAAAAACACCCUUUUCUUCAGUGCCAAUUUAUAAACUUGUAGAUGUUUUCCUUGUUGAGUAUUUUAAUCAAUAU